CGACCCAAACUUCCGGGAUACCGGAAGUUAAUUUUUAAACCGGAAGCGGUUCUGUCUUUUGUAGAACAGGAGCAGGAUGUCUUCGGCGGACGUGGAGGAUUUUAUUCAACAAAACAGAGGAGAAGCUGAGCGAGUGGAGACGUUUCGGGGUUACUGGGAGAGCUGGAAACACUGGGAGGCCAGGAGGGAGUUCAUCCUGCGAAACAUGUCCGACUUUGAAAACGGGCAGAUGGACCAUCUGCUCUCUCUGUCCAUGGUGUGGGCCAACAAUGUCUUCCUCGGCUGUCGGUACAGUUCUGAUCUUCUGGAAAAGGUGAAAGCCAUGGCUGAAGGCAUUGCGGUGGAGGACGCUCCAGUUUUUAAGACCCGAGAUGAGAUUAUUAAGAACCAACAGGGACGAUGACUAGACCUUUUUCAUCCUCACAUCUGCUCAAUUCCUCUUUUUGUUGUUUUUUUAAAGGUUUUUUUUUUUAAUGGAUUUUAAAACUUUAUAAGAAAUCACAGUUCUUAAAUGUAGAGAAAUUCCCUAUUUUUUGUAAUUCCUUUUAACAUGUGCUAUUUUAAUGUUUUAUAUGCAAACUUGAAAAGAAUAGGUGGAUGUUGUUUGUUUGCAAUGUAAUAAACAUGUUUUCUUAAAUGUC